AUGGGUGGAGGUCCAAUCAGCCCAUCAUCAAAGGCCAUCCCCAACGCCCCUCUCACGCUUCGCCGCGCGACCAUAGAUGACUUGGAUGACAUAACCUGGGUAGCCGUAAACGGAUCACCAGAUGAUCCAGGAACUGACUACAGAUUUCCGUACCGUGAUAAGUACCCAGAAGACUUUUGGAAGUGGACGAGAAUAGAGCAUGAGGAAUUAUUCCAACGACCUGAUAAACUAGUCAUCCUGGUAGUUACAGCACCCGUGCUUGAUGAUGGAGAAGUCACCCAUCAGCCUAUUUCUUACGGCGUAUGGGACUUGAAAGUCACAAGCGACUUUAUACCAGGAGCCUAUGCCAAAGUCCUUCCAGCCGGUCUAAAGAAGUACUUUAAGAGAUUCGGUUCAGAGCAAAUUCCCUUAUGGGAGGUUGUUACGCAUCCUGACUUUCGCAGGAGGGGAGCAGCUAGUAUGAUAUGUGAAUGGGGACAGAAAGAAGCAGAUAAGGAUGGCAAGAGUUUAAGCUUGUUGGCCACGCCUAUGGGGAAAGGGUUGUAUUUGAAGUUGGGAUAUCAUGUUCUUGGGAGUGUUGUUGUGCAGGUUGAGGGAGAGGAAGAGAGGGUUGUUUUUGAUGCUAUGGUCAAGCACAAUAAGUUAAUUGAGGGGAUAGUGGUCAGGGCGAUGGCUUGA